CCUUCCCAUUCCUUCCUUUGUGUUUUUCAGCCGAAGUUUUUCCUUUUCAGUUUCAGUCAGUUCGUUCGGUCAGUAGCUAUUUCCCUUCAAUUUCCCAUUUUCCUUCUCAUUCACAGAUUCGGACCGCAAGUGAAAUGUGAAGUGGCGGCAGAUGUGCGUCGUAUUUAUUGUAAAAAUUAUUUCUUUUGUUUUUUCUAAAGCAAUCAUUUAAAAUCAUCAUGAAGAAAGGGUAUAAAGUUGCAGACGUUAAACGCGAAAAGAAAAUCGGCGUCGCCGCUGAAAAUUUGGAGGAGUUGAUAGCGAAAUCUCGGAAAAAGUUAGGGUUCAAUGUCGAGGAGGCGGGGGGCUGCCGGCUCUUCGUGGCGGAAGACGGGACGCGCGUGGAGGAUGACGAAUACCUGUCCACUCUACCGUCGCAAACUCUCUUCAUUCUUCUGAAGAAUAAAGAAACUAUGGUCACUGAUUUCGACUUCUACUACAACAUGAUUCGGUCAACGAAGAAAGAGUUCAUCGACACAGGGGCAGCAGCGCAGGAGUUCCUGAGCACUGAUGUCAAGGAGAAGUUCAAGGUGUUCCAGCGCUACAUCGCGGCUGCUAGUGACGCGCGCACCAUGCUCAGUGAGCGCGCGCAGGACCCGGGCUGGUUCGAAGGUAAGAGAGAGAGAGUCUGUAUACACAAGGGCAGCAGCGCAGGAGUUCCUGAGCACUGA